AUGGAUGGGCCGCGGAGCGAGGUGGUGGAGAUGGUUACUGCGGCGGGCUCGGACGGGCUGAAGGUGGUGUCCAUCGUCGGCAUGGCCGGCUCCGGGAAGACCACGCUUGCCAGGGAGGUGUAUGGGCUGGUCGGUGAGGGGUUCGAUUGCCGCGCGUCCGUACGGGCCGGCCGGAGCUCCGACAUUGCCAAGGUGCUCGGCGAUAUGCUAUUCCAAGUGGACCGCGCGUACAGAGGGCGAGCUGUUGGUGCCUAUUAUGUAGAUAUGUUGAUUAGUGAGCUGGCGGAUUAUUUCAAAGACAAGAGGUAUCUUGUCAUGGUUGACGAUGUAUGGAGUGUUCAAAAUUGGGAGAUCAUCAACGAGUGUUUUCCAGAGAACAAUCUCGGUAGUCGGAUAAUCACCACGACAAGAAUUGAGGCCGUUGCGAACGCCGCAGGUGACCGUGUUUAUAGGACUCGCCUUCUCGGUGAAGCCGACGCCGAAGCAUUGUUUUCCAGAACAACUUUUGGCAGUGUGGGUCGGUGCCCUCCCCAUUUCAAGGAUGUUUCAGCUCAGAUCAUGAGAAAGUGUGGGGGUUUGCCGCUCGCUAUAGUGAGCGUGGGUGGCUUGUUAGCCAGCAAGGCGCACACAAGAGAUGAGUUUGAGCGGUCUGGCCUGAAAUGGCGGGAAAAUUCAGAGCUAGAAGGGAUGACACAAAUCAUCAAACUUAGCUACAACGAUCUUCCUCCUCAUCUCAGGCCAUGCCUGUUGCAUCUAAGCAUAUUCCUGACAACCAUGAGAUUGAAAUAG